AUGGAGAUGCUGCCCUGUCACAGCGACGCAACUGUGUCUGCAACAGCAGCACUAGAGGGGGGUCCUACUACUGCGGUACCUGCUGCCGAGACAGCCGUAGACUCUGCGCCUUCCGGCACAACUGAGUUAGACCAGCCAGAGGUCAGUCUCUUGGGGCGCUCACCGAACUCGGAACGGCGGGCAUCCACGUGGGGCAACUCUGGCAGCGGGAGCGAGCAGCAGGCACCAACAACAGCGGACUCUGAGAGCCCAGAGGCAUACAACUAUGAAAGUGUUACGGCGAACGAGACGCAUCGAGAGGAGCGACUGCUGCUGGUGGAGCGGCAGCACGUCAAAGCCGAAGGAAGCUUCGGUGAGAGGGCCGUCGCGUACGCUGUUUGCUGCAAAGAGCAGCCAAAGAACGGCACUGCGGGGAGCUCCGCUUGGUUGCAGGACCCCUGCAGCAGCAAAGAGCAGCAGCAGGAGUCUCCUCAGGACGAGCACGCGGAAGAAGCGUCCGAGGAGGGCCCUCAGGGGCCCUCUGCCGUUGCUCCUGCUGGGCUGGAAGGCCGUUCAGGGGAUGCAGCACUAGCGAAAAUAUCUGGAACAACUCGCGGGAGCAGCGGCAACGGCAGCGGCAGUGGCAGCGGGGUUCCUCCAGCCACGGCAGUGGCGCGUGUGCGCGGCUCGGCUGGGUCGACUGCCACGGCAUCAGAAGCACUAGCCACAACGAGCAGCCGGAAAUGCAUUGACGAGGGUUCGGUUCGUCGUCACGUUGUGCCUGUUGGGCCGCGGCACCAAGUUCCCUGUUUGCCUCCCUUCUUCCUUGAGAGCGAGACUUUUGGCUGCGGGUGCAGAGAAUCCUCCCCCGGACUGGAUCCGAGUCUGACGGCCAAGCUGGUGUACUCGCCUUCCUCGUUGGAAAGGGUGCGUCAGCGUCGUUUGGCUGAGGGGCUAGCUGAUCGAGCUAUUUGCUCGGAGGGGGAUAUGGAGGCCUUUAUGCAGCAGUGCGCGAAGAACUGGAAGGGCAACAAGCCAGGAUGGCAACCGUUCAGCCCAGAAUUCGCCUUCAAGCUGCUGCACUACGCGGGUUACGACCCCGCUAGGGCUCUGCAGCUCAUGGAAGAUCCCCAAUUUCCGUUUCAACUCGUAUGUGAUGGCCCAGUGAGGAGGUACGACAAUAAGUGGAGGCCAAAAGACAGACGCGGCGUCAUCUCUCCCACCCCGUACCCCCCUCCUGUGUUCCUCAGAGGCUACCUUUCGAGGCGGCAUUACAGAGAAAGCUCAGGCUACUCACUGCGUUGA